AUGUCCUUGAUUGAAAAGUACGGCAAACCCGACGAGGUUUUGGGAAAAGGUGCCAACGCAACGGUUCGACUGCUGACACAUAGGAAAGAUGGUGUCGCAAAUAAACUCUACGCUAUCAAAGAAUUUCGCAAAAAGCGUAAAGAAGAAACCGAAAAAGAGUAUAUUAAAAAAGUCAUUUCCGAGUUUUGCAUCAGCUCUUCCAUGCAUCAUGUCAACGUCAUGGAAACGAUAGAUCUCAUUCGUGACGAGCACAAUCGAUGGUGUGAGGUAAUGGAGUACUGUGCAGGAGGUGACCUAUUCAACAAAAUUAUGCACAUAGGGUUUUCGGGUGAUGAGGAGAUACAUUGUUUGUUUCGCCAACUUCUUGAAGGUGUAGGAUACAUGCACUCGGUCGGUGUAGCUCAUCGAGAUUUAAAACCCGAAAACUUGCUGUUGGAUAAUGCCGGACAGACGCUCAAAAUCACGGAUUUUGGCACAUCUGCAGUAUUUCGAACGCAGUGGGAAAAAGAGCCACAUAAGCUCCAUGGUGUAUGUGGCUCACAGCCCUACAUUGCACCUGAAGAAUGGGAUACUCAGCACGAAUAUUUUCCUACAAAAGUUGAUGUAUGGGCAUGUGGAAUGAUUUUAUACGCAAUGCUCAGCAAGAAUCUUUUGUGGAAGAUUGCACAAGUUUCAAACGAACAUUAUGCCAUGUAUUUAAAAAAACGAGAAACAGGUGUGCCUCAGUUUCUAAAAUACCCAUCUGGUCCAUGUCAGAUACUAUACAAGUGUAUAGAUCCUGACCCUGUGAAGCGACCCGAGAUUGCUCAGCUCAUUGAAGAUCAUUGGAUUUCUAGUAUUGAUUGUUGCCAGCUGGCUCAUAAAGGAGCAAAAGGCACGACACAUACACAUUUACAACCCUCUAAAUAAACUAUGGAUUGAAAUU